CCCGCCUCCCGGCGCCUCGGUGGCCCGGGCCCGCGCUGGGCGCCCAGCGGGAGUCGCCUUCCUGCCUCCAGGGACAGCGGCCGCGGCCUGGUCCCAGCGUGGGCAGCUUGGCGCCCGCGCCCCAGCCGCUCUUCCUGUCGCUGGACGUGGCGGGCCGGCCAUUGGGCGGCCGGGGCCGGCGGUCGCCAUUCCCGUGUCGCUGCGCCCGCGGGGGCCGCCCGAGCCGGCCACGAUGCCCCUGGGCCUGAAGCCCACCUGCAGCGUCUGCAAGACCACGUCGUCCUCCAUGUGGAAGAAGAGCCCGCAGGGGGAGAUCCUCUGCCACCACUGCUCCGGCCGGGGCGGCGCGGGCGGCGGGGGCGCCGGCUCGGGGGCCGCCGGCGGGACUGGGGGCAGCAGCGGCGGGGGCGGCUUCGGGGCGGCGACCUUCGCCAGCACCUCAGCCGCCCCUUCGCAGAGCAACGGGGGCGGGGGCGGCAAGCAGAGUAAGCAGGAAAUUCACAGGAGGUCUGCUCGGCUCAGAAACACUAAGUACAAAUCUGCUCCAGCCGCCGAAAAGAAAGUUUCCACUAAAGGAAAAGGGAGAAGACAUAUUUUUAAAUUAAAAAAUCCCAUCAAAGCUCCUGAGUCAGUUUCCACCAUAAUUACUGCAGAAUCAAUCUUCUACAAGGGAGUAUAUUACCAAAUUGGAGAUGUUGUUUCUGUGAUUGAUGAACAAGAUGGAAAACUCUACUAUGCUCAGAUCAGGGGUUUUAUCCAGGACCAGUACUGUGAGAAGAGCGCAGCACUGACAUGGCUCAUUCCCACUCUUUCUAGCCCCAGGGACCAGUUCGAUCCCGCAUCCUACAUCAUAGGACCGGAGGAGGAUCUUCCAAGGAAGAUGGAAUACUUGGAAUUUGUUUGUCAUGCACCCUCUGAAUAUUUCAAGUCACGUUCAUCACCAUUUCCCACAGUUCCCACCAGACCAGAGAAGGGCUAUAUAUGGACUCAUGUUGGACCUACUCCUGCAAUAACUAUUAAGGAAACAGUUGCCAACCAUUUGUAGUUUGAAAAGUGAAACUGGAUUUCCAGUUGUCUAUUCACAUUACUACAAGAUAUACCACAUGUUUAUUUAAUGAAAUUCUUAGAUGGAAAAUGACUAAAAAGUUUUUCCCUAUUACCCAGUAAUCAUUAGCUUAUUUAUUACAAGUCACUUGGAAAACUAAAAAGGAUAGAAAAGAAUUAAAUAUAUUUUGAAGUUAAAUAUUACGUAUGUAUAUCUUCCCAAGGAGACCAUUAGGAACAUAGUGUCUAUUUUUAUCCAUAAUUUAUUUCUAGAAACUCAUAAAAUGGACUGUAUUUUUCUAUAAGAACAAGAUAUGAAUUAAGGUUUAUAAUUCUGAUCAAGGACUGAACCCAAUAAAAUGUAGCUAUGACCAACAGUGUCUGGCACAAAGCUACCUUAGUUUUAUUUUCUCAUCUAGAAAAUGGCUGUGGCAGACUGUUGGCUGCUUUAACCUGAAGGAAAGUGAUCUGUGGAUAAUUUUAUUAGCCCAGGCCUUUUAAAACUUUCAUCUAAUUCUUCUGUAGCAAAUAGGGAUUCAGAGUCAUUUUGUUGAUCAUAAUAUCACUGACCUCACCUACCUUGUCAGUCAAAAUGAGGCCUUCAAUCAAACUAUAAAAUUUUAUAGUGCAGACAGUUAAUUUCACUAAAAGCACACAGGAAAGUUGGACGGUUCCGGCACCCCACUUCAUUGCUUCUUGACUACUAUUAGCACAACCAUUGGACAGUCAUAAAAAUGAUUAAUAGGUCAACUAUAAUUGAAAAAUAAAUUUAAAAAAUUUGGUAAUGAAAAAUAAAGGCUUAUUGGUUGUUAGUGUUGAUAUCUAAAAAAAGUCUACCCCAAAGGUAAACCACCUGCUAUCAACUCAUAAUAAUAGGCUUAAAACAAUGCCCUGGACUUAGCAGGCCUGUUGAAUAUGAAAUUUUCCAGAAUUCAGGUACAGGUUUACUUCCAGUGAAGUCAGCUAAGUCAGGGAGCAGCAGUGUGACAACAGGGGGAAGUGGAGACUGUAAACACUUGUCUCCUCUUCUGAUGGAACCAGCAAUUUCUAACCCAGGAGAAUUUGUCAGGAUCUAAUUUAAUCAUAAUGAUUUUGAGCUGUAGCAUCUUUAACUAUGUGUUACCCUUUUCUACAGGUUACUGUAUGUGUAUUAGAAAGAAGCAACCAGAGAUAGUUCUAUGUCUAUAGUGAGCUCUCUGUAUGUAGUUAUCAUUCUGUUCACAAAAAUUAUAGUAAAAUUGAUUGUAAAUACCAUUGUAAAUAACU